UUACUACUAUACGUAACUCACAACACCACAAGUUUAAGUAAAGCCUACUAUACCCAGUUUUCUCGUUUGCUUUACCCUCCCCACUACACCAUACCAUCAACACGAUCACGUCGUCGUGAGUAAGGGUGUACAGGCUAGUCAGGUAACCAUUACAGCCUGGCAUCAAACUCCAGUCAGACGAACGCGAGCCUCCCUCGAGCGAAGACUCACUUUCACUAUCUCCUCAAUUUGCCCAGUCGUUUUUACACAUUCUCACCAACGUGUUUACUUUUUUUUAUGACAAUAAAUGUGUUAAAGUGACUUUAAUUUUUAAUUAAACAAUUUUUUUGUUUAUUUAUUAUUAUUAUUUAUGAUACUGUGUAACAAGUGCAGUGUUUACUUUUUUUUUUUACAUAUAUAUAAAUUAAGUUAAAGUGUCAUGUGUGACUUAAAAAAAAGGAUUUAUGAUAAAUUGUGAAUGACGUUCUAUACUGAGGAUUUAAUGAUUCCGAAACUAAUUGCUGACACUCGCGUGGACAGCACUUUUGACCACUCGAUGCAGCCGUGGUAUGACACGAUGAUUCUGACACCCGACAGUAGCAUUCAACAGGGCAGUCUUGUGCCCUCUACCCCGGGGUCACCGAUGUCCAGUGCAUCGACCAAGUCCUGCUCUAGGCCAUCGAGUGUCACUAUGUCUAGUCCUUAUCAUAUCGCACAGGUCCCACAUGUGGUUCCUAACAUGCCAACCAUGGACUCGACUGUCUCGUCCGCGCGACCGGAACCCGAACUUAAUAUAGAAUUCGAUGGCACGACUGUUUUAUGUCGAGUGUGCGGAGAUAAAGCUUCUGGUUUUCACUAUGGAGUACACUCGUGCGAAGGAUGCAAGGGUUUCUUUCGAAGGAGCAUUCAACAAAAAAUUCAAUAUCGUCCUUGCACUAAAAAUCAACAGUGCAGUAUUUUACGGAUCAACAGGAAUCGCUGUCAGUACUGUCGACUUAAGAAGUGUAUUGCUGUAGGCAUGAGUCGAGAUGCGGUACGAUUCGGCCGAGUGCCAAAACGUGAAAAGGCUCGAAUUCUCGCGGCAAUGCAGCAGAGUUCACACAGUCGUUCCCAAGAGAAGGCAGUCGCUGCCGAAUUAGAAGACGAGCAACGUCUAUUGGCGACGGUUGUUCGCGCUCAUCUUGACACAUGUGAUUUUACCCGGGACAAAGUAACUCCAGUGCUUGCAAGGGCACGAGAGACUCCCAAUUACACGGCCUGUCCACCAACUUUGGCAUGUCCGCUGAACCCAAACCCGCAGCCUCUUACUGGUCAGCAAGAAUUAUUGCAAGAUUUUUCAAAGAGAUUUUCUCCCGCGAUACGUGGUGUAGUGGAGUUCGCAAAACGUAUUCCGGGCUUUAAUUUACUUGCCCAGGAUGACCAAGUGACCCUUUUAAAAGCCGGAGUGUUUGAAGUUUUACUUGUAAGGCUCGCGUGCAUGUUUGACGGUCAAACAAACAGUAUGAUUUGUCUAAACGGUCAAGUGCUCAAAAGAGAUUCCAUCCAUAAUAGUAACGCCCGAUUUCUUAUGGAUUCAAUGUUUGAUUUUGCUGAGCGCGUUAAUUCUUUACGGCUAUCAGAUGCUGAACUUGGAUUAUUUUGUUCUGUGGUUGUGAUUGCAGCUGAUAGACCGGGUCUUCGUAAUACGGAUCUUGUUGAACGUAUGCAUAACAAACUACGUAAUGCACUACAGACUGUAUUGGCACAAAAUCAUCCUCAGCAUCCAGACAUUCUUCGCGAAUUGCUCAAAAAAAUUCCCGAUCUCAGAACUCUAAAUACUUUACACUCAGAAAAACUACUGGCAUUUAAGAUGACUGAACAACAGCAACAAUUGCAAGCUCAACAAGCGCAACAACAGCAGCAGCAACAGCAACAACAGCAACAACAAGCGCAGCAACAGCAGCAGCAGCAUCAACAUCAUCAUCAGCAACAACAGCAACAGCAGCAGUGGCCAAUGGAAGAGGAACCAACGGCUUCCUGGGGAUCUGCGUCGGAUGUUACUUUGGAUGAAGCAGUAAAAAGUCCACUAGGAAGUGUCUCAAGCACUGAGAGCACUUGUAGUGGCGAAGUCGCUUCUCUGACAGAAUAUCAUCAUUCAACCCCCGGUCACCAUGCGUCCAGUGCGCCGCUUCUUGCUGCAACUCUGGCUGGUGGACUGUGUCCUCACCGACGUCGUGCUAACUCUGGUAGUACCAGUUCGGGUGACGAUGAAUUACACCGUACUAUGAUGUCUAAAACACCUCAACCACCUCAGUGUCCGCGGUUUCGUAAAUUAGACUCGCCAAGUGACAGCGGAAUUGAAUCUGGUACUGAAAAACCCGAUAAACCAGCAAGCAGUAGUGCAAGCAGUGCGCCGACAUCAGUUUGCUCUAGUCCUCGUUCCGAGGAUAAAGAAGUCGAAGACAUGCCUGUACUAAAACGAGUACUUCAGGCGCCACCUCUGUAUGAUACUAAUUCGUUGAUGGACGAAGCGUACAAACCUCAUAAAAAAUUCCGCGCUCUCAGGCAAAAAGACAGCGCUGAAGCAGAACCUGUUGUUGUCCAACAGCACACACAAUCACAAUUGCAUUUACAUCUUACAUCACCAGCGUCAAGAAGUCCGUCCGCAUUAAGCCAAUGCCCUCAGACGGCAAGUUUACUCAGUAGCACGCAUUCAACUUUAGCUAAAAGUUUAAUGGAGGGUCCGCGGAUGACUGCUGAGCAGCUUAAACGUACUGAUAUUAUUCAUAAUUAUAUAAUGCGCAGUGAAGCGAGUCCUAGAUCACCAGCUGCAUCGCCAUCACCCGCGGAACAGUGUGCCUCUACAACGACGUUAAUUGCGCGGUCACCCCAACAAAAUCAAGGGUUACUUCAAUGUGCCACUGGGUACUCAAGGUGGCCGGCCACUUCUGUCAUUACCACGACCACGGGUGCCCGACAACAGUUACAGCAGCAGCAGCAGCAUCAACAGCAGCAGCAGCAGCAGCAGCAGACUUCCAAUUACCUCGUCGUAGGCACACCUUCCUCAUCACCGAGAUAUUUGUCAGCCGCUGCGACGAGUACAAGUUGCACGAGUCCGAAGCUCACCUCCAACAGUCCCACGACUCUGGUACUGUCCGGUUGUCCGAGCAAUAUGAUGGAGCUGCAAGUGGACAUCGCCGACAGUCAGCAACCUUUAAAUUUAUCGAAAAAAUCGCCGUCCCCUUCACCUCGGCCACUAGUUGGACCCUGCAAAGUACUGUCACUUGAAGCGUAGUGCUGCUAAAAAAUUGACAUUCUGAGCUGUCAUGUAAAUGGUAAAUUAACAUCCAGUCACCCACCUAUAAUUUAAAAACAAUGAAUUUAAAAAAAAAUAUAUAAACAAUUUAGUGUUUUUAAAAUGAUAAUUUAAUUGUGAAAAUGAAUAUCAAUUUUUUUAUUAAGGAUUUUAAAAAAUGUUGGUAAAUAAAAGUGCCAGGACGCUCAAAUUGCGCGUGACAAACCAAAUAAUUUAUUAUUAUUAUUUAAUAACUGAUAAUAAUUACGCGAUAAGAAAUUUUAAUUAAUGCGGAAGUAAUAUCAAUUAUCCGUGUGUGCCCCCACCUAUUUGAUAGUGCUAAAAAAAAAAAAACAAAUAAUAAUAAUCAUCAUAAUAAAUAAUAAUAAGUAAAUGGUUACACAUAUGAUCAAUGAUAAUUAAGGAAAUAGGGAUGGACACUAAAAGUGGCAUCGCGAUUUCGAUAAUAUAUUUAAAUAUAUCGUCUAUUUACUAGUAUCAGUCUAGUGGUUAUCGUAAAUAAACUUAAAAAGAUAAAGGAAAUAAACGAUGGUUUAAAUGUUACAGAAAUGAAUAAAAAUAAAAUAUAAAAUUACAUGUGAUAAUUAUAAAUAUCGCGCAUCCUGUACAGUAUCCAUCUCAUUCAUCAAUCAUCUACUCUAUAAAUAAUAAAUGAUAAAUAUUGUAAUUUAAUAAUAAUAUUAUUAAUUAAUUAAUUAUAAGAAUAAUAUAAUCGUAUACUUUUAUCUUGUGUCUGUAAUAUGUAGACACGAUGAUACGAGAGAGAGAGAGAGAGGGAGAGAAAGUGUGUGGAUGUUAAUUGUAUGAGUCGGGGCUAUUUGAAUUGGCAAGGAAAUAAAAAGUGAGAGGUUAAUAAUUAAGGAUGAGAAAACAAAUUGAUUGAUUAUUUAAAUUUUUUUUUGAGACUGAUUGGCUUAUUGGCCCUCCAGUUUGCAAUUACCGUACCUUUAUAUCAUGUAUCGUGUCGAUAGAUGAAUCAUUUAAAUUUAAAAAGUUAAAAAAAAUAAACAGGAGUAAUCUUCUAAAUGUCCUUUAGAUGAAUUUAGAAUCUUAGUUACUAGUAAUUGCAUAAUUAAUUAAGGAAAUUGUUAAUUAAUUAUGCAAGUGUGUGAGAUAUUUUAGGGUCAACUCAGAUAACAACAUUGUAAAUAUAAAAUAUUUUAAGUGGUAGUUGUUUAGGAAUAAAUACAUUCGAGUUGGAGAUAAAAAUUUGAGAUAAAUUUCCUAAAGAUUUAAAAUAUAAUAUUAAUUAAUAAUAAUAAUUAUAAUGAUAAUAAUUAUAAUAAUAAUAUUAAAUAAUAAUAAUAAUUUUGAAAAAUUGAGUUAUUCAAAAUCGUGGCUAAAAAAUAUAAAUUUUAAUAAAAAAAAAAAAAAAUGAUAUGCGGCGGGCCGCCGCCGACAUGUUGUUGAGACGCCCGCCUUACCCCCACAAAAUAAUACGCCAUUUAUAUCCCAUUAGCAUUUCACAUUGCAUAGUAUUAACAUAUAUGUACACGGAAAAUAAUUUAUUGAAACUAAAAUAAUUCCAUUUAAAUAUUAUUGGGUAAAAAUAACAAAAAAUAAAUUUUCUUAUUAUUAAAAAAAAUUUUUUUUUACAGUUUUUAAUUUUUAAUAAUAAGAAAAUUUAUUUUCCUUGUUAAAAAAAUAUUCUUGCUUAAUUCUUAUAGCUUUCAAUGUAUUAUUCAUUUUAAUUUUUUUUUUUUUCAUUUUUUUCGUGUCCAAUAAACGCAGCGCAAUAAAAAAAUUUAUUUAAAUAUUUUGGUUUCCAUUGCGCUCUUAAAUAUAAAAGUCAAUUUAAAAAUGUUAAUUAAAUAUUUAAGAGCGCAAUAAGUAAAUAAUUUAUCCGUUUAUGAAUAAAAAAAAAAACAUUAAGCGUCAGGCGAAUUUUACUUGCAAUAAAAGUUGCGAAAAUGACAUAAUUGGAAAAUAAUAAAAUAUAAAUAAAAUCUAGCAUUGAUAUUCGUAAUACUGUUAUGCAUAAAAUACUACACAUAAUUAUUAUAAUAAACGAUACAUAAAGUAUGAUAUAUUUCUCUAUCCAUUAAGAAAAAACUACAAAAGCAGUUGUUGUUUCUGAUGAACAAAAUAAAAAGUACUACGCAUGAAUACAAAGCAGCCCCGCAUAUUGCCCAGUGAGCACGUAAUUUUGUACGCUUGGGAGUUGUGAGGUCGUCUGAAUAAACAUUGUCUGGUGAAUUAUACAUAAA